AUGGCCAGAAAAUGUCAGUGCAUAUUUCCCAAGCCUGUUGAAUGGAUGAAGGGAAAAGUGGUUGGAUCAGGAUCAUUUGGCACGGUGCAUUUAGCCAUGGACAAAUCAACAGGGGCACUUUUUGUUGUGAAAUCUGCAGAAACUGAAGUUGGAAUCCGGUCGCUGGAAAAUGAGGCUAAUAUUCUGGGAAACUUAGAUUCUCCGUACAUUGUAAAAUGCUUAGGGAAGGACUUCUCCUGUACAGCAGAAGAUAGUGUUAGGAAGUUUAAUCUUUUCAUUGAGUACAUGCCUGGAGGUAGUUUAGCUGAAGUAGUUGAGAAAUUCGGAGGCAAACUAGACGAUGACCUGAUCCGGUUGUACACGAAAAAGAUCCUUCAGGGCCUGAUUUAUCUCCAUGAGAAUGGGAUUGUGCAUUGUGAUGUUAAAUGCCAGAAUGUGCUUUUAGGCCUCUCAGGAAACAUCAAACUGGCAGACUUCGGAUUCGCGAAGAAGAUAAGUAACUCAAAAGUCGAAAAGGGAUCAUCAAUCCAACCAAAUGUGGGAGGAACUCCUUUGUGGAUGGCACCUGAAGUUUUGAGAAAUGAAAGGUUGGAUUUUGCUGCUGAUAUUUGGUCAUUAGGAUGUACAGUAAUUGAAAUGGCUAAUGGCUGCUGCAAAUCUCCAUGGGGUAUUGAUUUUUCUUACACUAAUCCAAUGGCUGCAAUUUUGAAGAUUGCUAAUGGUAAUGAAAUCCCACAGUUUCCAUCAAAUCUUUCCAAAGAGGGUUUAAAUUUCUUGAGCAAAUGCUUGGAAAGAGAUCCAAAAAAGAGGUGGACAGCAGGGGAAUUGCUCAAGCAUCCAUUUAUUCAGGGCAAAUCAGGUUCAAGAAACAUUCUUGAAAAUGCAUUUUCACCUGCAAGUAUUUUGGAUUCGAACUUACUGGAUUAUAAUUCAGAUGAAUCAUCAUCUGAUAAUGAGGAGGAUAAUGAGUUUGUGAUGAGCAGAGGAAAUCCAUUCUCCAUGAGAUCAUGCUAUGGCAAUAAGAAGCUAGUAUCAGGGAAUCAGUUGAUUUCUUCAGGGGACUGGAUUACAGUAAGAAGUAAUAGCCAAACAAUAUAG